CAGGGAGUCUGGGAGACACGAACAGAGCGCAGUAUUCGAUCUGUUUUUCCGUAAAAAUCCGUUCCACGGCGAGUACACGCUAUUUGCAGGACUGGGUGAGGUUCUCAAAUUCUUAGCCAACUUCAAAGUAACUGACAAUGACAUCGAAUACUUGCGGUCACUCAAUCUGUUCAAAGAGGGUUACCUGCACUGGCUGCAACACGAGCUGGAUAUGGGAGACUUAAAGAUUUAUUCGCUGUACGAAGGAACAGUGUGCUUCCCACGCGUACCCCUGAUCCGAGUCGAAGGCCCUAUCGCAACUGCGCAGCUUAUUGAAACGACACUUCUGUGCCUGGUGAAUUAUGCGUCGUUGAUCUGUACAAACGCUGCUCGGUUCCGUCACUGCGCUGGACGCGAGGCCCAACUGUUAGAGUUUGGAUUGCGACGAGCUCAAGGUCCUGAUGGUGCUCUGUCUGCAUCCAGAUAUGCCUAUAUGGGAGGCUUCGACGGCACUUCCAAUGUGUUGGCUGGUAAAAUGCUAGGUAUCCCUAUCAAGGGCACCCAUGCACACUCCUUUGUGACUUCAUUCACCGGCCUGGAGGAGGUCCGCAAUAAUGGAAAGUCGGCUAUUGGAAACACUGAGCGACCUUUUCUGGAGAUUUGUCUCGAGUACCGCAAAGAACUCAAAUACCAUGGCACCAACGAAGGUGAACUUGCUGCGUUUGUUGACUACGCACUGUCAUUCCCAACCACAUUCCUCGCCCUGGUAGACUCCUACGAUACACUUAAGUCCGGUGUCCCCAACUACUUAACGGUUGCGUGCGCUCUAAGAAAAGUUGGUUUAACCCCGCAUGGUAUCCGACUUGACUCCGGUGAUCUGUCCUAUUUGUCGGUCGAGACUCGAGCCAUGUUUAGAGCGAUGGAUGACAAGUAUCCGGAGCUAGUGGAUGCCGACUUCAAAUUCGGGGACAUGCCUAUCGUUGCCAGCAACGAUAUCAAUGAAGCUACUCUAUCCUCUCUGAAGUCUGAAGGUCAUGAAAUCACAUCUUUCGGCAUCGGAACGAACUUGGUAACCUGUCAAAAUCAACCAGCGUUAGGAUGUGUAUAUAAACUAGUAGAGAUUGACAAUAAACCCAGGAUUAAACUCAGUAAUGAGAUCAGCAAGGUUACACUUCCUGGCAGGAAGAAGGCCUUCCGCUUGGUCAAUCACAAGGGUAUUGCAAUGCUGGACAUCUUGACCGCACAGUCGUCUGAGAUACCGUCUCCUGGUCAGAAGGUGCUGUGUCGCCACCCGUUUAUCCCACGCAAAAGGGCUUACGUGACACCCACAGAGGUCAUACCCCUGAUGCAACUUAUGUGGGCGAAUGGGUCAAUCACAAAAGAAUCGAGAUUUGAAAGAACCAGUCAAGAGAUCAGGCAAUACGUGAGGGAACAGAUUCUGUCUAUCAGACCAGAUAUUCGCCGGAAACAGAAUCCUUCUCCGUAUAAAGUGUCCGUCACGGAAGAGCUUUUUCAGCAACUCCACAAUCUAUGGCUACAGGAAACCCCUAUCGAAGAAUUGGACAGCUAAAAGUUGAAUUUAUACCGUUGAAUCGCAGAGGAAAGCCAAAAAUACAGAAUAAAGAAUUUAAAGUUAGCAACUACCGUCCUAUAAUGAAGUAGUUAAUCGUCGACAGCGACCAUACUCUACUCUGUGCGAGUGUUUCGGGAGUACCUAGGUGGUUGAAUAAAAAUACUAUAAAGUGA